CAAUUCUCUUCGUUUUUUUUUCUCUCUCUUGAUAUCUAGAUCUCUAGACCUGAUUGAUAUAUUUCCCACAUACAUUGCAUCCACACUCCAUCACCAUGCAUACCGCCGCCCUCCUCUUUGCUCUCUCGCUCUCCGCCCACGCGAUCCCCGUCUUCCAGCCCCGGGGGAACGACACCGACACCCUCGAGCGCAGAGACCCAGACAACCUCCCUUACAAGGUCGUCGACGUCGCCGGCCCAACCACCCCCGUCGUCGAGACCAUCACCAUCACCCAAUCCCCCUCCUCCUCCUCCACCCCCUACCCCUCCUGGACCCUCGAGCCCACCGCCAGCGGAUCCCCCUUCGAGCGCCACGAGGCCAACGACUCCAACAAGAGGGCUUUCCGUCGCUUCGGCUCCAUCGCCGAUGCUUCCUCCUCCAGCAACAACAACAACAGCAGCAGCAACAACAGCACAGACGCUCGUGCCAUCAUCCCUCGAAGCAAUGAUACGGCAUCACCAUCUGAGGUCGUUGCCCGAGGUCACCACAAUGAGACCGAACAUGCCCUGCAUGCCCGCGGUAACAGCUCUGCUGAGGUUGUUGCCCGCACUGAGGAUGCCGCUGAUUUGAGCGAGCGGUUUACUCUUAACUCUCGUGGAUCUGUCCACAAUGAGACGGGGCAUGGGCAUGGUCGUCAUGCUCGAAGCAAUGAGACGGAAGAGGUCUUUGCCCGCUCUGCGCACAAUGAGACUGCCCACGGUCACCAUGCUCGCAGCAACGAGACAGAAGAGGUCUUUGCCCACUCUGCGCACAAUGAGACUGCCCACGGCCACCACGCUCGCAGCAACAGCAACAGCAACAGCAACAGCACCUCCGAAGUCUUUUCUCGCGCCCACAACGAGACGGCACACGCCCUGCACGCCCGCAGCAACGAGACCGCCGAGGUCUUUGCCCGGGGCAACGACACCAUCUCCAAGAUCGCGACUCGUGGCCUGAACGUCACCUCGCGCGAGCUGAACUCCACCAAGGUCUCUGAGCCCAUGGCUCGGGCCUUGACUGAAGAUGCUGCUGUCAUCGACAAGCAUGCCAACUCCACCGACCACACCGUGAAGGCUCUGGGAGCCCGGAGCUCGAACGGCACUGCUUCGAUCCAGGCCCGGAACGAGACCGCUAGUGACAUCUAAACUAGCCUUCUUCUUCUUCUUCUUCUUCUUCUUCUUUUGACCGUUUCUUAUCUCCCCUUUCCUUUUCCUUUUUUUUUUUUUUUUUUUUUACGCGAAAAGAUGGUUUCAACGAUUGGUAUGAUUGAAUUACAAUUACAUGGAUAUAUGGAUGAAAUUGCGAGCGAGUGAGCGAUGGCUUUUUUAUAAUGAACUUUCCUUUUUACUUUACAUUUCGGGGUUUUCUUU